UGUAUUGUAUUGUAAAUUGUUGAGAAAUAAGGAUAUCUCGCCCAGUUGGCCAACAGUGUCUUCUCGCGAUAGCGAGUUAUAGACAAUUGCUACAUUCCUGAAACUAUGUGGGUGUUGAUAAAUAAAUAACUUACAUAUCUGCUUUAAUAAUUAUUUGUUGAAUUGUUAACAUACACAGUCACGUUUUAAAGUGAUGUGGGGUGAGGCUAAUUUUUCAAUCGAUAUUCUAUCAUGCACGUCACCUAGCUAAAUAAAAAGUAAUUUACUGUAAGUAUUUUUACUUUAAACGCGUAUAGGUAUUACCUAUCGCACCCACUCCAACGUAAUCGUCAAAAAUAAAGAUAAACAAAUUUACAUGACAUUGUUCCUUUCAAUUUGCUCUGAUUAAUGAAUUGUAUUGUUUGUAUCUUUGAAGUAUUCAAUUAACUAAAUUAGGUAGUAAUAAAAACAAUUAUAAGGAAACUGCGUCAUGACUAUCACUAUUUCUCCGACAGUAACGGUGUAGUUGCUGAUUAGAGUUCAUAAAAAAUGACAGUGCUAAAGUGGUUAGAAAUAUUUUUAAAAAUAGAAGAAUUUUUUGGUUUUAGCCGGACCUUUGUUACGUGGAGUAUUCCUGGAAAGUUAUCUGUAUUUUUAAGAGUGUUGGUCGAAUUCGUUUUAGCAAUAUUUGUUCUCCAGAAGAAAAAAACAUUAAACAGUAUUGCAGAGUUUAUAUUGACGAACACACUCUCAUUUGGUUCGUUGUUGCUGUCAUGCUAUUACUCUAAAACUUUCUUGAGAUUUAUUAGUAAUAUACAGACUAAUAAUAUUAUAUUCAAAAGUGACAGCGUGUAUAGUAAUAAUCUAAUCAUAUCUCUAAAGUUGGAAGUUUAUAUCUGGUUCGGAUAUUUUAUAUCAAUUUGCGUAAUAGCAACGAUAAACAUCAAUAUGUUCUACCAUAUUGAAGGCACUAUAAUGUUUUUUAUAAAUAAAGUACUAGUUAACCUCCGUUUCCACAUCGAGUUGGCAGUUAUAACCUGCACACUCUGCACUAUGUCUGAGCAAUUGCAGAGCAUAACACGAUCUAUAAAAAAAGAACACGCCAUUGAUUCUCCUGCUAGAAAAACAUUAGUUAAGGAUGAUAACGACGUCGAAGGCUUAAUCAAAAAUGUCGACCAAUGGCUUUUCAACUAUUCAAAUGUUAAAAAAUGUUCCAAUAUUUUUAACGAAAUUUACGGCAUACAGGUACUCGAAUGUUCAGAUAAUGCAGAACAAAAGGAACUACUGAAGCUUCUACGUGUUGUAAUAAAUCAACCGAUAUAUAUCAAAACAUUUGGCGCCGUGAGCGUCAAUAUGACGCUGGUCCCCGCGUGCUUUGGGCUUAUCGUGUCAUAUACCGUCGUCGCUCUACAGUUCAACAAUGUUGUAUAAUGUCGUGUAAAGCCGUAUAACUUUGUAUAACUUUUAAGACGUGAGUGUAGUUUUUAGGGUUUCGUACCCAAAGGGUUACACGGGACCUUAUUACUGAGACUCCGCUGUCCGUCCGUCCGUCCGUCUGUCACCAGACUGUAUCUCAUAAACCGUGAUAGUUUUCACAAAUUUCACUUACCGCUAUUUAUAUAUUGGAAUUAAGCCUAUUUGUAAAAAAAACACCUUAAAUAUUUCACAAAACGUUCAUGCAAAGAUAUCAGAUCACAAUAUAAAUACAAUAUUUCCGAGAGCCAUUAAGGUACUAGCUUAACACAUACAUCCAUAUCUGCUAUUAAUAUUUUCAAUCAUCUGCCUAACGAAAUAAAAUGCCACAAAAGAAAUACUUUUAAAAGAUGCUGAAAAAGCUUUUAAUAAACAAAGUCAUCUAUAACAUAAAAUAAUUGUAUAACUUUAC